AGUAAAAAUUUGUUUGACAUCCAUGGCUAGAAAACCUGUUAGCCGUGGCCAUUACAGAAAAAAAGUAAAACAACCUCAAACAUACCUAGUCACCUUCUCUAUUUAGUUAUUUCCUUUAAUUUUUUUGAGUCAAAAUUCCAAAAGUAAAAAUUUGUUUGACGGGCUAGAAAAUCUGUUAGCCGUGGCCAUUACGUGUUCAUAACAUACUUUAUAUAAUAUUAACAUCACACCAUUAAGGUAGAUUCGCGAUACGGAGAAGUUUUUCUUUCUUCCGUCACGUUAAAAGAAGAAGAGGAAUAACAACGAAAUCUACAUUUCAUAAAGUUCCUCUUCUUCUUCUUUAUAUAUAUAGAUAUAUAUUUGAAUUUUACAUACAUUUUUACGUACAUUUUUUCAUAUUUUACCUGCAAUGGCUGAUCAAGAAGAGUUUGUAAGAUCAGUAGAAGAUGGAAUAAGGCUAUUGAAACGUAUAUAUUUUGGAAAAGAUCGUGCAGUUGCACCACAGAAGCAACAGAUGACGACGGAAAAGGCUAAGUUGGAAUCAUCGUAUAUUCCAACAUCCCCAAUGAUGUAUGCUGUGAUUGAGAAUCCAGCAAUGGUUGAUAACCCGGAUAUUCCAAGUUAUCAACCUCAUGUGCAUGGCAAGUGUUAUCCACCUGCCUUGAUCCCCUUGCAGAUGAACGAGAUUUCGGUUAUGGCUGAUUGUUAUUAUGAUACAGCGUUUGUUACUGUUAAAGGAUCGUGGAGGUUGCAUUGUAUUAUGACUUGCAAGAGUUGUGAUUGUAGGAUUGCUGUUGCUAUGGGAGAGCAGGGUUCAAUUCUAGGUGUCGAGGUUGAGUUACCGAGCAAAUCAUACAGUACUAAACUAGUUGCCGAGGAUGAUGAGAAGGAAACUAAAACGAUAGCCAAAAUUGAAGACGGACGCUUUCUGAAGCCCCAUAUAUUUACCAUUACAAUACCAGAGAUUGAUGGGGGAACCUAUAUCUCGGUCACUUUGAGAUGGUCUCAGAAGUUAUUGUAUCGCGAUGGCCAAUUUACCUUGAGCAUACCGUAUAGUUUCCCGGAGUAUGUGACUCCAGCUGGAAAGAAGAUAACUAAGAAAGAAAAUAUAAAGUUUAACGUUAACUGUGGUCCGGGAAUUGAGGUUUCGUCUAAGGCUAUCAGUCAUCCUUUUAAGGAGCUAGAAGAUGAAGAUGAAGAUGGAAAGUCGGGCUUGUUCUAUGACGCUAAUGUCUUUAACUGGUCGAGCAGCGAUGUUGUCAUUACUUACAAGAUCUCGAGUCCUAACUACCAUGGCAGCGUACUUCUGCAAUCUCCGGAACAACAUGACACGGACCAGAGAAAGAUGUUCAGCUGCUAUCUUUUUCCGGGUGCACUGGAGUGUAAAAAGGUAUUCAGGAAGGAGGUGAUUUUUCUUGUUGAUAUAAGUGGUAGUAUGAAGGGAAAACCAAUUGACGAUACCAAACAAGCACUCUCUGCAGCAUUAUCGAAACUUGAUUCCGAAGAUUUGUUUAAUAUAAUAGCUUUCAACAGUGAAGAGUUCCUAUUUUCAUCGUCAUUGGAGGUUGCAACCAAGGAAGCUAUUGACAAUGCAACUCAGUGGAUCGACAUGAACUUUAUUCCUGGCGAUGGUACAAGUAUCUUGAAUCCAUUGAAACAGGCCAUAGGUAUGUUUUCUAAUGGGGGAGAAUCCAUGCCUAUCGUUUUUCUGAUCACAGACGGAGCUGUUGAAGAUGAAAGACAGAUCUGCGAAUUCAUGAAGAAUCAUCUUACACAAAACCGAACAAUGUGCCCACGACUUUACACAUUUGGCAUAGGAUUAUUCUGCAACCAUUAUUUUCUCCGCACACUAGCAAUGAUGAGUCGCGGCCAUUAUGAUGCUGCUAUGGAUGUUGAAUCACUUGAAGUUCGAUUGGAGAGGCUAUUCUCCAGGGCGUCGUCCGUCAUCCUUGCAAAUAUUGCCUUUGAGAACCUUGAUGGUCUUGAAGAACUUGAGGUGUAUCCGUCUCAAAUUCCAGACCUUUCAUCCAAAGGCCCGAUAGUCCUAUCAGGAAGAUACCAAGGAGUGUUUCCUGAGAUGCUCAAAGUUAAGGGAAUCCUAGCGGACACGAGUAAAUUCUCCGUGGAGCUGAAAGGGUUCAAGUCGAAAGCAAUUCCUCUCGACAAGGCAAGGGUGAAGCAGCAGAUUGAAAUACUCACAGCUCAGGCAUGGUUUACAGAAAAAAAGGAUCUCGAACAGAAGAUAGCGAAAAUGAGUACACAAAAUGCAGUAAUCUCUCAGUAUACACGUAUGGCAUUGGUGCAGACGGAAAGAGUGAAAGUCAUUAAGCCAACCGCGAAGAGGAAGGUUUACUCUGCCGAUGAGAAGAUAGAGGAACGCUUAGUACAGAAGACAGUAUUACUACACUCCCUUGGCUUCGGUUUUGGUAACCUCAUUGCUACGAUUGAGAAUAUACCUCCUGGUGCCAUCGAUACAGAGGACGAACCAGCAGAGAUUAUAGCAAAAGCAACAUCUAACUGUUGUGGGAAGUUGUGUGGUCUAUGCUGCUGCUGCAGUUGCUGCAUUAGGACAUUUUCGACGAUGAAUCAUCAGUGUGCCAUUGCACUCUCACAAUGUCUAGCUGCUUUGGGAUGUUUAGUUUGCUUUGCUUGUUGUAAAUACUGCUGUUGUGAAGGUCAUAAAUAAGUUGCAUCAACUCAUCGUUUUCCGUGCCGCACCCGUCUCAGAUUCUCCAGAAAUAUACCACUUUUGAAUUCCGUGCCGCACCUGUGUCAGAUUCUC